AUGCGUUUCCUCAGUAAUGCCCUUCUGUUCUUAACGACCAGUACCCUUUUCCUCGCAAGCACUCUCGCCAUUGAGAGGCAGGAAUGUGGCUCAUACGCAUCCGCUGACAAGAUAGAAGCCUCAGAGCUGGCAAUCAAAGCUCAUGCUGCAGAGUUUCGUCAAGGGCGCCGCGCGGAGAUGAAGGACUACGUUUUCGAUGUGUAUUUUAAUGUGAUUGCGAAGAACAUGUCGUUAGCCGGGGGAUGGGUGCCACAAAAGCAGAUCGACGACCAGAUGGCGUUGCUGAACAAGGCGUAUGUGGGGACAGGCAUUUCGUGGAAACUCGUCAACGUCACCCGCGUCCUGAGUCGUUACUGGCAUGAAACUGUGACUCUUGGAGAUUUCUACACAGAGGCUUUGAACGGAUACUCCGCGUUCCCUAUCGACUAUCGCACAGACCCAUAUGAAGACGGUUGUGUGCUGCUCUUCGAGACACUUCCAGGAGGCGUCAGCAGGGAACGCCAGGGCGGCACGCUCAUCCACGAAGCUGGUCACUGGCUCGGGUUGUACCACACGUUCCAGGGUGGUUGCGUAGGUCUAGGAGAUCGCGUUGCAGACACCCCGCCCAGUUUGAAAGCAUCAUCUGGUUGCCCCGACUUUGUCGACUCGUGUCCUGGAGACGGGCCUGAUCCAAUCCACAACUACAUGGAUUACACAAAUGAUACAUGCCGCACCGAGUUCACCCCCGGCCAGAUCCAACGCAUCCAGGACUCGAUGGCGACGUAUCGCAGUGACCCAACGAUCUGA